UGUAGUUAUUUUGAUCUUUGUAUUCAUCUUUUCUAAUUUGGCAGUGGAAUGCUUCACACAGGGUUUGAUGCACCACUGUACAGCUUGGAAAUGCGCUGUAUUAAGGAGUGUCAAAAAAGCAUCUUCCAACUUAUCGACAAGUUCAGUAUUCCUCUCCGCAAAUGUGGAACAGUUUUGGUGGCUUGGACGGAACAAGAUAAACAAAAGAUACCCUUGAUUCAACAGAAAAGCCAGCAAGCUGAACUUGGGGAGGACAUUUCUGAAGUGACAGCGAGCAGCUUGUAUAAGCUGGAGCCAGCACUUGCUUCAGGAGCUCUCGGAGCAUUGCAUGUACCCGGGGAAUGUGUAGUGGACUCGUGGCUUCUGGGAAUCUCAUAUCUCCACCAUGCUCAGAUGCAAGGGGCAAAGGUUCUGACCAACUGCAGAGUCAUUUCUGUCACUGAUGGUUUACUGCAUACAACUCGAGGUGUUGUACAGGCAAAAGUGACCAUGAACUGCGCUGGUCUUUAUGGAGACCUCGUCGAUAAACUCGUGGAUAUUAAUACUUUCAGAAUCCUGCCAAGGAAGGGACAGUACUGUGUGUUUGACAAAAGUGCAAGCCCCUUAUUUAACUCCAUUAUAUUUCCUGUCCCUUCAGAGAAGUCAAAAGGAGUGGCUGUGUUCAGAAGUGAAAGUGGAUCUCUGUGAGUGGAAUCCGGUCAACCGGAGUCUCAGCGUCACUUGGCAUUGCACAGUACCUCUCAGAAAAGUUGACAGAUGACAUGGGCGUUUUACCAAGUACUGGUGACAAUGUCACCCUUUUGGACAUUGACUGGAAGAUCAGCGAGAAUGGGCAGUCAGUUAUAUUUGAUGACAAGUACAUAUAUCAAGCAUCCCACCCACUUUUUGUCUACGGCCAUCAGAGAAUGGAGAGUAAAUUAUAGUGGUGUUACUUUUGCCGUACAGUAUAACACGGAUAGCUCGAACACAGAAGACUCAAAAUCAUGCACCGUCAAACUGUGCUUGCAGUCCCGUUUUUUUAAAUAUUUUUUAUCUUUGUAAGAUAUCCCUCGAAUUACGGAUCCCUUGAACUACCGAGGCUGAUCCCGACGAAUUCGAGCUAUCCAUGUUAUACUGUAUAUUUAACUGCAAUUUUUGUAGUAAUACAUGAAUGGUAAUUUUGAUGUGUUUCCGAUGGUUGAACAGUGCCAUACAUGCAUUCACUCUCUGAACUCAGAGGCACUCCUGAACAUUCACUACUUUUACCCUUCUGUACAAUUAAUAUAUGUCUCGGCUUGCAGUGAUGCAAAUCUAGCACUCAAUUGACUGUAAGGACCCUGUGAAAACAGUUGCCACAGGAAGGCAAAGCUAGGAAAAUACUGGUGUUGGAGAGGCCAUGUACUAACGGCCUACUGUCUAGGGAAACAAUAGCUUCAGCGGAAAUCACUAUACCUUGGCUGUGAGAGAUUGUGCUUUUGUAUCAACCAGCCAUUUAAGGAGGUGGGGUACUCAACCUAGGCCUUCCUUGCACCCUGAAAUUUUAAAAUGAUUAAUCACAUUUUUCUUUUGUGUUAGUUACGUCAUUGCGUUUUUCUUCACUGCCAAGAAGUUGUUGUGAUGUACGGCGUUCCUCACAUCUUGCGAAGCGUGAGGACCAUGAUGAUGAAACAUUCGUUGUAGGUGGUAUUCUGCUUACUGCUUCUAUUAGAUGCAUUUCUUAAAACUAAUUGUAGAUUCACAUUCAGCAAUAUUUUUUUCCACAAAAAGAAAUCUUUUCCUGUAAGAGAUAGUAGAAUUUACAUACCAGGUCUAAUUAUAGGCAACUGACCCCUAAAUCUAGUGCUACUCUUUAUCCAUGGGGGUCCAAAACUGCCCCGUGAAGCAUGAACUGACCCUGUGCCAUGAAGGGGUUAAGGGGACCCAUCUUACUCUGUAUGAAUAGUAUUAUAGUAUUUCUUAUACUGCCCGAUACCUGGUUGCAACCUUAGCUGAUGAUCUGUCGUUAUUUCAAUAAAAACACCGAGUGUUGUCUCGCCCGGCGCCGUAUAGGUCCCGGCGGCGAGGGAGCCGGCUCUGUACUUUAGUAUACUGACUGCUCCCCGGAGUUUCGCGGAAGGAUUCAUGCAAAAUAAUUCCAAGCCGAUGACUUUAUUCUAAUAGAAAAAGAACUGUUUUUUCUAUUGGUACCU